AUCUCUAAAAAUUCUGAGAAAGAAAGCCCAGCAUUUUAUCUUUGGUUUUCACUUGGUGCUUAUACUCAAGUAGCAGUUGAAGAGUUGAGUCCAUUAGAACUUAGUUGCCCUAGUUUGUAGAAUAGGCAAUGGAAGAGAGUUUUGUACCGUUUCGCGGCAUCGAGAACGACAUUCGAGGGAGAUUAAAGUGCUACAAGCAAGACUGGAUCAGUGGUCUCGGUGCAGGUUUCAGGAUUUUGGCCCCCACCACAUAUAUAUUUUUUGCAUCUGCAAUUCCAGUUAUUUCAUUUGGAGAACAAUUGGAAAGAGAAACAGAUGGAAUUCUCACAGCGGUUCAAACAUUGGCCGCCACGGCACUGUGUGGAAUAAUACACUCUAUUAUAGGAGGUCAGCCUUUGCUGAUCCUUGGAGUUGCAGAGCCAACUGUGAUUAUGUACACAUUUAUGUUCAAUUUCGCCAAAAAUAGGCCAGAUUUGGGAUCCGAGCUCUUUCUUGCAUGGACGGCAUGGGUAUGUGUGUGGACUGCAAUCUUGCUGUUUAUGCUGGCUAUCUUAGGAGCUUGCUCCAUUAUCAACAGAUUUACUCGUCUUGCCGGUGAGUUGUUUGGCCUUCUUAUCGCAAUGCUCUUCAUGCAGGAAGCUAUUAAGGGACUUGUUGACGAGUUUCGUGUACCUGAAAGAGAAAAUACGAAGUUGCUUGAGUUUCAACCUUCAUGGAGAUUUGCGAAUGGAAUGUUUGCUUUGGUUCUGUCCUUUGGCCUUCUGUUUACUGCAUUAAGAAGCCGAAAAGCACGAUCUUGGAGAUACGGAUCUGGAUCAUUGCGAGGCUUCAUAGCAGACUAUGGGGUGCCAUUAAUGCUUCUAGUAUGGACGGCUAUUUCUUAUAUACCGUCAGGAAGUAUUCCGAAAGGAAUUCCGAGGCGCCUUUUCAGUCCAAAUCCAUGGUCCCCAGGUGCAUAUGAAAAUUGGACUGUCAUGAAGGACAUGCUAAAGGUUCCGGUUCUCUAUAUAAUCGGAGCUUUCAUUCCAGCAACAAUGAUCGCUGUCCUGUAUUAUUUUGAUCACAGUGUAGCUUCGCAACUAGCUCAGCAGAAGGAAUUCAACUUGAGGAAACCACCUUCUUUCCAUUAUGACUUGCUUCUUCUUGGAUUUUUGACGAUAUUAUGUGGUCUUAUUGGCAUCCCUCCGGCAAAUGGUGUCAUUCCUCAGUCUCCUAUGCAUACUAAAAGCUUGGUUACAUUGAAGCAUCAAUUGCUUCGAAACAGAAUAGUAGCGACAGCCCGCAAAUGUAUGCAUAAUAAUGCAAGCUUAGGACAAGUGUAUGACAGCAUGCAAGAAGCCUAUCAACAAAUGCAGAGUCCACUGGUUUACCAAGAACCUGCUGCUAGGGGAUUAAAUGAACUGAAAGCAUCAACGAUUCAAAUGGCUUCAAGCAUGGGAAAUAUUGAUGCCCCUGUUGAUGAGACAGUAUUUGACGUUGAGAAGGAAAUUGAUGAUCUGCUGCCUAUCGAGGUAAAAGAACAGCGGCUAAGUAACUUGCUUCAAGCUAUAAUGGUCGGAGGAUGCGUUGCAGCAAUGCCUUUCAUUAAAAGGAUCCCGACCUCUGUGCUUUGGGGCUACUUUGCAUUCAUGGCCAUUGAAAGCUUGCCAGGGAACCAGUUCUGGGAGCGGAUAUUGUUGCUCUUCACGGCACCGAGCAGACGAUACAAAGUAUUGGAGGAGUACCAUGCAACCUUUGUGGAAACUGUGCCUUUCAAGACAAUUGCAGUAUUUACAAUUUUCCAAGCUGCUUACUUGUUAGUUUGUUUUGGGAUUACUUGGAUCCCACUUGCUGGGGUUCUUUUCCCAUUAAUGAUCAUGCUUCUUGUUCCUGUGAGACAAUACAUUUUACCCAAUUUUUUCAAAGGGGCGCAUCUUCAAGAUUUAGAUGCUGCAGAGUAUGAGGAGUCACCAGCUGUGCCAUUCAGCCUUGUCACUGAAGGAGAGCUGAUUACUACCGCUUCUUUUGCCGAUGAUGGAGAGAUUUUAGAUGGAAUGAUAACACGAAGCAAGGGUGAAAUCAGACGCAUGUGCAGCCUAAAGCAAACAAGCUCCACUGCAACACCAUCCAAAGAGGGCACUGAGAUUGAAAGCCCACGUUUCUUGGAACAGGGGUACAGCCCCCAAGUAAACGGAGUGGAGCAAAGAAGUCCUAGGAAUGUUGCAAGAGGGCCAUUCAGUCCAAGAACAAACGAAGCCAGGCUAUCAAAUCUAGGAAAAAUGGUUAAGAAUAUGGUAUUAAUCAAGUAAUGGACCAAAGCUGCCAAAAGAAUAGGCAGAGAAUAGAUUGAUGAACAUCAAGGAAAUCUAGAAUGCAUUUCCCUCAUAUCUACCAUUCUUUUGUUCAAUACAUUCUUUUCAUCUGAAUCUACUGACCAAAACCAGAUCCGGAUGACC